UGACUGAAUUAAGCGCUCACAUGGCUGCUGUGGCUGCAUGAUCCGCUUUAGUUUUUUAAAGUCCGGCGAUCGGCAGCGCUCUCAGCAGCGACCAUCCGGAGCAGAGGAGCCGCUGCAAAACAGGAGUCUGCGCGGACAGAUCAUGGCGAACAGCGGGCAGAAAGUUGUGCUGAUCACCGGCUGCUCCUCCGGCAUCGGGUUACGAAUUGCCGUCACGCUGGCCAGAGAUGAAAAGAAGCGUUACCAUGUUAUCGCCACAAUGCGGGACCUAAAGAAGAAGGACAAGCUGGUGGAAGCAGCUGGAGAUGCGUAUGGAAAGACCUUGAUGCUGCUGCCGCUAGACGUCUGCAGCGACGAGUCCGUCAGGCAGUGCAUCGACAACGUGAAGGACCGCCACAUCGAUAUCCUCAUCAACAACGCAGGAGUGGGCUUGCUGGGGCCGCUGGAAAGUAUCAGCAUCGAGGAGAUGAAGAGAGUGUUCGAAACUAACUUCUUUGGUGUGGUUCGCAUGAUCAAAGAAGUCAUGCCAGACAUGAAGAAGAGGCGUUCUGGACACAUUGUGGUCAUGAGCAGCGUGAUGGGCCUUCAGGGAGUGGUGUUCAAUGAUGUUUACACCGCCUCUAAGUUUGCCAUGGAAGGGUUUUGCGAGAGUAUGGCCGUGCAGCUGAUGAAGUUCAAUAUCCGGUUGUCAAUGAUCGAGCCCGGCCCAGUGCACACUGAGUUUGAGACAAAGAUGAUGGAGGACGUGGCCAAGAUGGAGUAUCCGGGAGCAGACGCAGACACAGUUCGAUAUUUUAAAGACGUUUACUUGCCAUCGUCCAUAGAUAUAUUUGAGGCCAUGGGCCAGACGCCUGAGGACAUUGCCAAUUGCACUAAGAAAGUUAUUGAGUCGAACAGCCCUCGCUUCAGGAAUCUGACCAACAGCCUCUACACCCCCAUUGUGGCCUUGAAAUACGCGGAUGAGACUGGCGGCCUGUCCGUGAACACCUUCUACAACCUGCUCUUCAAUUUUGGACCUCUCAUGCACAUCACCAUGAGCAUCCUCAAGUGCCUGACGUGCAGCUGCUUGCGCCGACGCACCAUAUCGCCCAACUGAAGAUCCUCCCCAUGAACCCCGCGCUCUCCAAGUUUUCUGACUCCACCGUUUCCUGAGAUUUUGACUGCACAGGUAGAUUAGGCCCUGUAACCUAGAGAAAGGAGGCGCCUUGUUGGUCAGAGACACUGCCACGAUAAGCUUUACCUGACAACAAUGCACGAUUGCACAGAGAGGUUGUCAAAGAGAUGCUGCAUGCAGGGUGACCUCUUGUACUGCUACAGAAACAAGCAUGCACCACAACGUAGGAUCUCAAACACCUCACACUUUUGAAUUAUUGUACAUAAGUGAUAUGGAGAAAGGGCCGUGUCCUGGUAUCUUCUUAAUAGGAGGCAAUAAAAGACUGUGAUCAAGGCUGUUUAGAUAAUGCUACGCAGAGUUCCGUGAAUCAGUCUGAUGGACAGAAAACAUGGCACGCAAAAGUGAGCUUGAAUAAAAAGUGUGUGUGUGCAUAUACAUAUAUAUAAAAGUACAUGAUAAUGAAAAUAAAACUCUCCUCCCCUAGAUAAGUUUACACUCAGGCUCAACACAGUUAUGACAGAGUCAUAAUAAGUAUCUGCUUUUCUUGUGUUGUUCCCUUAAUUUUAUUGUUGCCUUCAUGUAUUGUUCUCAUAGUGAUAACUGCUGUUGAAUCAUAUUUUUAAUCUUUUGAUCAGCUCAGUAUUUUGGGUUUUACGGUUUAUUGUGAGUUGGGUCAGAUAUUUCUAAUCUAGGGUUUUCAUUUGAAAACAAAAAUAAACAGAAUCCUGAUUUACUC